ACAGCAUCUGGGAUCACAGCUAUAUAAAUACACACUGACUCUGUGUGGGUUCAAACAUUUCGAAGAUUCAGUAUCCUGAAAGGCGUUACCAUUUUUCCAGUCCUGAGAGUUCCAGUUUGUCUUAAAGUCUGAAGGCAUCAGAUACUUCCAGCUCCGUCAGCAUCUGUCCCGGUGCAGGAAUGCUCUCAGCAUGGGUCACCGUGAGCUUUCUCUGCGCAGCCACCGCCACUGCCGAAGUAAUGGAAGUGACUCAGCCAGCAAUAGUACUGGCCAACAGGCAAGGAGUUGCCAGCUUGGUGUGUAACUACAAGCACAUUGGGAAUGCAAAGGAAAUUCGAGUGACUUUACUCAAACAGACAGGCGACAAGUUCACUGAAAUCUGUGCUUCAACCUACACAACGGAAUUUAAAAUGUUCAGUGUGGAAGAGGUUAUUCAGUGCCAUGUUAGCCCGAGCCGAAACAACGUGACCCUUACCCUCACAGGCCUGCAAGCUAAUGAUACUGGUCUUUAUGUCUGCAAGAUGGAGCGGAUGUACCCUCCACCAUACUUCAUGAACAAGGGAAAUGGGACGCAACUCUACGUCAUUGAUCCAGAACCUUGUCCAGACACUGCCACAUAUCUCUGGGUAUUAGGAGCUACUGCCUCAGGAUUCUUUCUUUACAGCAUCAUCAUCUCAGCCAUUGUCGUGGGCAAAGCGAUUCAGAGAAGACAACGUCUCACUACUGGGGUCUAUGUGAAAAUGCCUUCUGAAAAGCUAGAGAAAAAAGUGAUUCCAUUUCACAUCACUGUUAACUGAAACAAGGAGAUGGAGAGCCUGUUUCCUAGUUGGAAUGGAGAAUCUGCUAGUUGACUUAAGUCAAAGUAUUAAAAUGUAUUGUGUUAUUACAAAGGUGUACCGUAAAGAGAGAAAAUAUUCUUUGUAACUUCUAUAGUUUGGAAGAGAAUAAAUAGUUUAUGCAUUAAUAUUUCAAGGUUAACCCUGUCACAUAUAAAUGGCUAUGUUAGGCCAUUGAUUUUUUGAGUUGUAUUGUACCAAUAUGUAGUCUCUAUAUAUACAUAUAUAUGUAUAGCAUUAAGAGAUAUUGUUGCAGCUGAACAUCUUAUUGUUACAUUGUGCCAUGUCUACCCAUCAACUGAAAUCCAAACACUAUUACUACAGAGGCUUUUGUAUCAUUGCAAAGUUAAUCCUACAGGUCUAAGGGGAAGAGGCAGAAGGGCACACUAAUGCACAAAGGAAUGUUGUCUUGUUUCCAUGCAGUGCUAUUUAUUGGCUCAAUUUCUUGUAUUAGUGCGCUGUGCUUCCACAAAGGCAUCACUGUAGGCUGGCACUGAUGAUACUGCUGCUCUAAAAGCCUGAUCUCAGCCUUCCUCUGGCACUGUGUCUCAGCAGUGCUGUACUGAAAUUAACACUGAUGAUAUCUGAGGUAGUGCUGACAGCGCAGUUGGAGAGAAAGGCUGCCCAGCAGGAGACCUCUGGGGCUGUUGCUGGGGGAAUGUUCCAGCUCUGCUGGAGCCUUGAGUUUUACAAAUGCUAAAUUAGCAUCUAUCCAAGAGGCAGAAAUAUGUUAUGUGUUUAAUUGAGUCUAUUUUCCAUGAAAAUACAGACAGUAUAUAAUCUUGUUUAUUAGUUACAUACCAUUCAAUAAAAAUCUUGAAGCUUUGCCCAAA